AAUUAAUAUCCACCAAACUUUUACUGGCUAUACAAAUGGUCGUAGGGAUUGGCUUGCUUGGCCACAGAUAUUGAAAUUAAAAGAUUGGCCUCCUUCUAAUUUAUUUGAGGAACAAUUGCCUCGUCAUUGUGCUGAGUUCAUAUCUUCCUUACCCUUCAAGGAAUAUACUGAUCCUCACAAAGGUUCUCUUAACCUUGCUGUGAAGUUGCCUAAUGGUUCUCUAAAGCGAGACCUGGGGCCAAAAACAUAUAUUGCUUAUGGAUUCCUCAGGAGCUUGGACGUGGUGAUUCAGUGACUAAGCUCCAUUGUGAUAUGUCUGAUGCAGUAAAUGUGUUGACUCAUAUUGCUGAAGUGAAACUGGAUUCUGAUCAACUUACUGUCAUUGAGAAGUUGAAGCAAAAGCAUCUCGAGCAAGAGAAAAGGGAGCUACUUGGUGAUGAUCAAGAUGGAGAAACUAAUGUUGACAUGGUUAAUAAUUCAUCUUCUACAAUAAAUGCUUUGCACAGGCAAAGUAGUGUUGAAGUCAUGGAACAAGAAGGUGGAUUAUGUGAUGGGAUAGAAGUUGAUCAGUUUCAUCAACCGUCUGGUAGUAAUGAGGUUGCCAUUGCUAAUGAGGAUGGUAUUUCAUAUGGAUCAGAGCUCAUAGAGGUUGACAAAGUAAAAAUAAAUCAAGGUGAUUUGUUGUUGGGGGGGAUGCUUCAGAUGGUGCUCUCUGGGAUAUUUUUCGGAGACAGGAUGUCCCUAAGUUGCAGGAAUAUCUGAAGAAGCAUUUCAGAGAGUUUAGGCAUGUCCAUUGCUGUCCUUUAAAGCAGGAUGAUUGACUUUUGGAUGUAUAGGUCUUUACGCCUUUAUCUUAUUCUGCAAUGACUCUGUGAGAGAGGAAGAAUAAAAGGGAAUGGAAGUUUGGAAAAUUUUAGACUAGAAGAAAGCCAACUUAGAGUUGAGCUUUUUAAGAACAAAUUCUAUCUAAAAUCAAUUAUAAGA